AUCUUGUUGUCGGUUAACUUUUUUUAAGGUAAUUUGAGAAAUUUUAUCAGACAUGUGAAGGUGACGUGGAACUACGCUGUUGGAAAAAUAAAAUAGCUAAGGCACACACAGUUGUUGCAUCUACCUUGCGCUGUCAACGUCUGAGACAUUUGUGAGCACUGUGGUUGCUGUUCGUAAACAGGAAACUGGUUUUGUUCUUUUUAACAAAAUAAUAAGGAACUGUAGUGAUAAAGUCUCCAGUUUUCUUUAAACCCAUUUUCUACAUCCCUAGAAUCUAAAAUUGAAUAUCUUCUUUAUUAUGGAAAUACGAUCAAUUACCCUCUUAGGUACAUUCGCAUUUUUAGCCUUGAUUCAUACUGGGAAUGCGAGAGAUCUACGCAAUGUGACAGAACCCAAGGCUCCUCAGACCUGCAAGUCACUGAAAGCAUCUGGUAGCGAUGACUCUGAAGCCAUAAAGAAUGCUCUUGACUCUUGUGCCAAAGGAAAAGCUGUCGCAUUGUCAGCAGGGGUCUUUUAUUCUGGCCCACUGACUAUACCUUCGGGUGUCAGUCUCCUGGUGGAGAAAGGAGCGACCCUGAAGGCCAUUCCGAAUCCGACAUUGUACGAUCUGGGUGCAAAAACAUGUGGCACCUUGGACGAAUAUGGUGUUGGCUGCAAGGCUUUCAUCACGAUGCACGAAGCCAAUGGCAGUGGCAUCUAUGGCAAGGGCACGAUUGACGGCCAGGCCAACGUGACGAUGACGGGUAAGAACAUGACCUGGUGGGAGCUGUCGGAUGCUGCGCUGGUGAAGGGCAACUACCAGAACAACCCUCGCCUGAUACAGAUCAACAAUUCCUUGGAGAUCACCCUACACCAGAUCACACUGAUAAAUUCGCCCUUUUACACUGUCGCUACCAGCGAGACAUAUGGCUUCACAGUCUGGGGCGUCACCAUCUACGCCCCAGAGAGCGCUCGCAACACUGACGGCAUCGACCCGAUAGGCUCCCAGAAUGUCACCAUCGCCCACUGCAACAUCAGCAAUGGGGAUGACAACGUGGCCAUCAAGGCGAUGACCGCGCCAUCGAGGCACAUCUCAGUCCUGAACAACCACUUCCACAAGGGUCGGGGCAUGUCCAUCGGCAGCGAGGUGAACUACGGGGCGAGCGACGUGUUCGUGUCGGGGCUGACUGUGCACGACACCGUCAACGGCGUGCACAUCAAGAGCAACACCUUCCGUGGUGGACACGUGGUUAACAUAUCAUACGAGAACAUCUGCAUGCGAAACGUGCAGCAUCCCAUUUACCUGGAGAUGACCUAUAUGAACCUGCAUGGCAACCGUACACCAGAGUUCCGGAACAUCAACUUCAACAACAUCAAGGUGUUGACGAAGGGAACCUACAUAGUUCAUGGUAUCAGCAAAUCCAACCCUGUUCAUGUUACCUUAAACAAUGUGCACAUCACUAAAGGUUCGCAGUUUUCAGAAAGUUUUGCAGACAUUACCGGUAAAUUUUUAGAGGAUGUUAGUGGUGGUGAUUGUGCAUAUUCUGGCAAUGCAUAGUCAUAUCAUGUACGUAAGUAUCAAGGUCAUGGAGGCAAACAUUAGUAUUAAAAGUGGUAGCUUUUACUGGUGCAUUAUUCAAUGUUACAGGUUCGUAAAUUAUAUUUCUCCAGAUGUUUAUUGAAUAAAACUACCAACCAUUAUUGUGACAAAUUUUGUUUGUAAAAAUAAUUGAACUAUUCAUUAUUAAAAUGGUAUGAACCAAAA